AUUUUUCCAGAAUGUUCUAGAGCAAUGUCAAUGUCAAAGUUUGUAGAAUCCCACAUGGCCGGCCUGGCUGUUGGUACAGUAGCUUGUGCGGUCAGCCUUUAUGUUCUGUUCGGACCCACAGGUCACAGGAAGAAUCUAGACGGGGUCCGAGGUUUGGUUAACUCUGGUAAUUCAUGUUUUGUGAACGCUGUUCUUCAAGCUUUAUCAUCCUGUCCUUCCGUAUACUACUGGAUACAG